AUACUAUAUGUGUAUUCAUGGCCUUGUAUUAUGGUUAUGGUUGUAUUGUUUGCUUUUUACGGUGUUAGAUUAGAACUUGGUAUAUGAGCACAUCUAUUUAGACAAUAAUGGCAAAUCCACGGAAAUUUAGUGAGAAAAUAGCUCUGCAUACUCAUCGACAAGCUGAAGAAACUGCUAGAUUUGAACAAAUUAUGAAAGAAGUUUCUGAUGCCACUGCUAGGGUGCAACCUGAAAGAAAUGCAAAGUAUGUGUUGGGUGUGAACAGCAACGAGAACUUGGGCUCAUUUCAAGGGGGCUCCCUGCCUAAUGUUUCUGCAGGGGGCCCUACAAUCAAGACUUCUCAUAAUGCAGAUAUGCCUAAAGUAAAGCAAGAAGAUAUCCCUCACAAUAACCAACGACGCUUGAGGGAGAGUAGAGCUAGAUCACAGGGUGGGCCUAUUCGCAGACCUCAAGACCGUAAGCACGAUACAUCUCCGUAUUCUACUAGUCCAAGUCCAUUUUUAAGUCCUCCACCUGACACCAGUUGGCGAAGAACUAAUAGUGAUUCUGCGCUGCAUCAAAGUGCCAUGCAAGGUACAGGAAUUAGCGAUCGAAAUGACAAUUUUAAUAGUAGAUGGAUUCUUCAAACAUUAAAUGGACCACAAACAACUUACAGUCGCCCAAGAUCUAGUUGUGAAAUACCUCGUGUUCCUGGAAUAAAUGUAUAUCCUUCUGCACAUGAUCCAGGCUCGUUACAAAUUCCUAUCGGUAGCAAUACUGGGUCGUUGCCAGAUUUAACAAAUGUUCAUUUUCCAUCCCCAAUUCACACACCUUUGGAUGAAGAUCAAGAACAUGGAACUUCACCAUAUAGUUCUAGUCCGUCAAAAUUAUCACCAACUAGUGUUCUAACAGCAUCUCGACCUCACGAUCGACUUCAAUACUCGAGCCCAUUUAUUAAUCGACAUCAAACACUUGAGAAAAAAUUUGGCGAUGUUAUUGAUAGUAGCGUAAAUUUUGCAUCAAUAAGUAAUUUAGAUGGAAUGUACCGAGAACAAGAACAACAAUAUAAACAUCGAUCAGUUCCGUCACACUCUCAAUCUCCAACGUUACAACAAACAGUAAGUUACCGAAGUCCGCGGCCGAGCCCUCAACCUUCUCCUGGACUGACUGGUCGCAUAUCAGAGCCGUGUAGUCCGAAUGGAGCACCAAGUCCAUUAAGUCCUGAAACUCCUGUAACUAUGAAUGACUUUUCAUUACUCAACCAACAGCAAUUACAGCAACAUUUUGAACAAUUCUCUAUGGCGGAUCUACCUUUGAGCCCGGUCAAUAAUUUGCCGUAUUUAGAUAAUACAAAAAAUAUUCAUAUGACACAAAUGCCUUCACAUAAUGUUCCGGAAAUAUCCGCCCCAAGAAGCUCAGAAUUAUCUGCUGAUACUGGCUACUACAGCACAUCACCAUCUCAAUUAGUUUACUCCACUGCUGUUCCUACCACUAUGCAUACAGCACCAAAUACUCCAACCAGUAUUCCUGAUAUUAUUUUAACCGGUAUGUUUGCUGAAUUUUUAUUUUUAAUCAAAUAUUUAAGAAUUUAUACUGUAUAUUAUUAUUUUACAGUAACAAUUGUUUGUAUGAGACUUGUGAAUACACACAUUAAAAUUGAAAAAGCGGAUCUACCUUUGAGCCCGGUCAAUAAUUUGCCGUAUUUAGAUAAUACAAAAAAUAUUCAUAUGACACAAAUGCCUUCACAUAAUGUUCCGGAAAUAUCCGCCCCAAGAAGCUCAGAAUUAUCUGCUGAUACUGGCUACUACAGCACAUCACCAUCUCAAUUAGUUUACUCCACUGCUGUUCCUACCACUAUGCAUACAGCACCAAAUACUCCAACCAGUAUUCCUGAUAUUAUUUUAACCGAUUUUUCGUCAGGCGAUGAUUUAACAAGGCAAAAUCUGGCGUUUGCAAAACAGAUAGAAGCGGAAUUGUUAUCUGAUGAAUCUCUUAGAGAAGGUUUGGGGCCACUUGAUUUGGAUGGUUUGCAAAUGCUGUCAGAUCCUAGUAUAAAUUUAAUAUCGGAUAGUGUAGAGGAUCACUUCAGGUUGGAUCGAUUGUGAAUACGUGAUAUAUGUAUAUACUAUAUAAUAGAAUUCUAUCAUAAUCAUCAAAUGUAGGUUUCAUCAUAAGACGAUUCGAAUAAUUGUGAAAUAAUUCUAAUAUUGUAAAUGUUGUUUACUGCGUUUUUGUAAGUACAAGAUAAAUUUUCUUAUUUGAUACCCCAUUUUAUCUUCAUAAGAAGUGUGAUUUUGAAAAUUCAAAGUAAUGGUUUGUAUAAUUUCAAAUGUGGUACUAGCAUUUUCAGAAACCUGUUAAUAUACAGGGAGGGGGUGCUCUAAUUAUAUAUUUUUUCAAUGAAACACCGUGUAUAUUUUUAGAUAUUUGAAAUGCCUCCUUUUUCUCAUUUCGAAAAUGACACUAACGAAACUGUUUGACAGCUGAAAUUAUUUAUCUAAACAAUUAGAUCGUGUGAUUUCGAAUUUCCAAAAAUUUGCAUGGCGUUCCAUGAAAAUUCUAGUGGCACAUUUGAAAUCACCACAGAAAAUACAUAAAGUAUAAUUUCUAAUUUUCAAAAUAUCACCACUUAUGAAGAUUAAGGGGGCUAUUAAAUUAGAAUAUUCGUCGUAUACAUAAUUUAAAAGGGUCUAUCUUUCAAAUGAUACAUGUAUGUAUAUAUACUAAAUUGAUUCGCACCAAAGAUACCAUUACUAAAAGACAAUUCAUACAAUUUCAAUAAAAUGUAGUAUGUAGAUAUGAAAGGUACUAAUACUGAUGUAUUCGUUUAAUUUUCCUAAAACGCAAAAAUUUCCCGUAUGUAGGGGCAGGAGAGAUGGAAUUAUUUUUCAGAACUUUUUUAGAGGGUUGAAUAAAACGAACACGCUUCGUUCCAUUUGAAUAAAAUUAUGUACGUAAACAUUCCUAUUUUUUAUGUUUAUCGAUUUCACUAAAAUAACGAAAGCGAAAAAAGUACCCUCACCCUUCGAUAAAUUAAAAAAAAAAUUAGUGCUUUCAUAGACAUAUUUUCGUACUGAAUUACAUUGAAAUCGUAUGAGAUGUUGUUGAGUAAUCGAAGAAAAACUUUUUUAUAGCCCAAUCGAGUCAAUUUGCUAUGUAAAUAAAUUCGUUUCAAUCGAUUUAUUUUGAUCCUAGAAACAUGUGGUUGCUAGUUGUACACGGAGUUUUGAGACACUCUGUAUACAGUAAAGUAUGUACCUACAUUGGAUGUAAUAAAUCCAUUCAACGACUUUUUCAAUAUUAUUAAUAAAUAAAAUGAUUUUAAAA